AUGCCUGCGGAUAUUAGAAGCUUCUUUGGAGGUAAACCUGGAACUUCUACGGCUACACCCAUUCGAGGAAAGGAGAACAAGAAGGAGGAAGAUUCUAAGAAAAAGAAGAGCAAAAGUCGCAAGGUUAUUGAAGAUAGCGAAGAUGACGAAGAACCAUUGCCAAAAAAGCCCGAACCCAAAAAAGCUGCGCCUAAGAAAUCAAUAAAAAAUGAAGAGCCCGAAGGAAAGGAAACGACCGCGGAUGACUUCUUUGCUUCGAGCAGUAGACCCAAAGCUAAACAAGUAAAAUCGACUCCUGCCAAGUCAAAACCACCGCCAGCUGAAGCGAAUGUUCGAUCUUCUACUCGGAAAACGGCGUCUACAACAUACAAAGUGAUCGAAGAUGAUGAUGACUUCGAUGAAGACGAUGAUAUAUUUGCAGCAGAUGCAAAAAAGACAGGCAAGCGAAAGGAUGAUGGUUAUGUCGAAAUUGACAGCGACGAAGAGGUCCUACCAAAACCCAAGAGAGUUGUGUCAAAGUCGAAAUCUGCGCCAACCAUAAAGGAUAAGGACAUCAAAAUGAAAGAUGUAGGCGAUGAAGACGUUUUUGUUGUGCCUGAUGACGACGAUGACGACGACGACAUGAUGAUAGUUGAAAAGCCAGGGAAGAGUUCUGCUGUGAAUGGCAAGAAGCGUAAAUCUAUUGAUUUGGAAUCCGAGGACGAAGAAGACGUUGCUCCUGCUAAGAAACCCUCUAUUAGCAAGAGCUCAAAGCCACCACCCGCCAAAAAACCUCGUGCCCCGCCCAAGAAAGCAUCUGCUCUAGAGAGCUCAAGUAUACAGGCAAUACUAGACAGCGUUCCAACAAUUCGAGCCCCAACCCCUCCUCCGAUAGAUGACAGUGCCAAGUUUGACUGGCGAGCUGGUGGAGGCGGUGGCAACUCAGGCCCAGCUGCAGGUUGUGCGGAAAUUCCUGAAGGUGCUGAAAACUGUCUGGUAGGUUUGACAUUUGUCUUUACGGGAAUGCUUGAGACAAUCUCAAGAGAUGAGGGAAUAGAGCUCGUCAAGCGAUAUGGAGGCAAAAUCACCGGUGCACCAAGCAGCAAAACAAACUUCGUCGUACUUGGAAAGGAUGCUGGCCCGAGUAAACUUAGAAAGAUACAUACUUUGAAAAUUAAGACCAUUGACGAAGAUGGUCUAUUUCAUCUUUUAAGAACGCUGCCUGCCAAUGGUGGCGACGGAAAGGCUGCGGAGAAGAACAACGAAAAGAAAGCAGCUGAAGAAAAGAAGAUCCGAGAAGACGCGGCUGAGAUGGAUAGAGAGGAGCGGAGAAAGGCUGCGGAGAUGGAGAAAGCGGAAAAGGAGGCUCAAAAGCUUGCUGCAGCAAAAGGAAAAUCAUCCAUACCAGCAGCUCCCCGCAAAGCGAUAGUGCCAACGUCAUCGCAAUUGUGGACUACAAAGUAUGCACCAACGCAAAUGAAUCAAAUUUGUGGUAAUAAAGGUCAAGUUGAGAAGAUUCAGGCUUGGCUUAAGGGCUGGGAAACUGCGCACAAGUAUAAUUUUCAAAAGAGGGGUGCGGAUGGGCUUGGAGGUUACAGAGCCAUCAUUAUUCAUGGUCCGCCAGGCAUCGGAAAAACGACUGCGGCCCAUUUGGCUGCCAAACUUGCUGGUUAUGAUAUACUAGAGAGAAACGCUAGUGAUGUUCGAAGCAAAAAACUUGUUGAAACUGGGCUAAGUGAAGUACUGAACAACACUUCCGUUCUAGGUUAUUUCGCAGGCGACGGGAAAGAUGUCGAUAAGACUAAGAAGAAAUUGGUCCUGAUCAUGGAUGAAGUUGAUGGUAUGUCAUCUGGAGAUCGAGGUGGUGUAGGGGCUCUUGCCAAAAUCUGCAAGACGACCGAUAUCCCCAUGAUAUUGAUCUGUAAUGACCGCAAGCUUCCGAAAAUGAAGCCAUUUGAUUUCGUGACAUUCGACAUGCCAUUCAGGAGACCAACAGUUGAUAUGGUACGUUCACGUAUCGCUACCAUCUGUCAUCGAGAAGGUAUGAAGCUCCCGGUUCAAGUCAUCGAUGCUCUUAUCGAGGGCAGCAAUAAGGAUAUCCGACAGAUCAUCAAUAUGAUAUCUACAGUCAAACUUGAUCAAACAGCCAUGAAUUUCGACCAAGGCAAGGAAAUGUCAAAAGCUUGGGAAAAGCAUGUUGUUCUUAAGCCAUGGGACAUCACUAGUCAGCUCCUCGGUGGUCAUAUGUUUUCUCCUGCUAGCAAAUCUACCUUAAACGACAAGAUCGAGCUUUACUUCAACGAUCAUGAAUUUACACCCUUGAUGAUUCAAGAAAACUACCUGAAUACCAGGCCCCAACUAGCCGGCAGCUCCGAUACACCUAAAGAGCACAGACUCAAAGUACUUCAACUUGUAGACCAAGCAGCAGAGAGCAUUAGCGAUGGUGACUUAGUUGAUCGAAUGAUUCACGGGUCCCAACAACAAUGGUCUCUUAUGCCUACACACGCAGUCUUCAGUGCAGUUCGACCAUCAAGCUUUAUAUCUGGUUCGAUGAUCGGAAGAACCAACUUUACAUCUUGGCUUGGUAACAAUAGCAAGUAUGGAAAGCUAUCUCGUUAUGUGAAAGAAAUCCAAUCACACAUGCGCCUGCGAUCUUCUGGAGACCGUCAUGAAAUUCGCCAACAAUAUUUACCCGUUCUCUGGGACAAACUCAUUCGCCGACUCGAUGUCGAGGGCAGAGAUUCUGUGGAAGAUGUGAUCGAUCUCAUGGACAGUUAUUUCUUGACCAGGGAGGACUGGGACUAUAUCAUGGAACUGGGUGUUGGAGAACAAGAUAUGGAAAGUAUCAAAUUGGAAACCCAAACUAAAGCCAAUUUUACAAGAUCCUAUAACGCACGUUCUCAUCCUGUUCCAUUUAUGAAAGCAAGUAAUGUCUUCCAGCCCGCCAAGGUCGCUGCCGUAAAACCAGAUUUGGAAGAAGCAUUCGAGGAAGAAGAUGACGGAGAAGUCAUUGCAGAACCAGUCGAUGAUGAUGAAGAGGCCGAUUUGAAAAAGGAUAAAUACAUUAAGCAGCCUAAGAAGAAGCCGGCCAAGAAGCCAGCGAAGAAGAAGGCUAAGAGUAAUGAAGAUGAUAGUAUGAUUGAUGACGAAGAUGAGGAAGAGGAGAAACCCAAGAAGAAGCCAGCCAAGAAGGCGAGUGCUAGUGCAAAGAAGGGCAAGAAAUAA